GAAUGUGUUAGCAGGCCCGAAAGUUUGCGAAUGUGCAGGGGAUGAAAGAGGUGAAUAUGCCAUUGGACAUCUGUGAAUUCGUGCUCUAUAAUUGGGAACCGUUUGGACGAAGCUGUAAAAAUGCCUUCACAGGCAGUAUACCCCCUUUUCAAUGCCUCUGAUUCAGCGAAUCCAUCUCCAUCACCUUUAGUUCUGGCAGGCUUCUGAGAUUCGCAGUCCAGCCGCUCACAGAUGACUUCUCGGCAAUGAACCGAACCCAGUCCCCGUCCAUAUAAUACCCGACUCUUUCUAACUCCGAAAGAUUCCACGUGGAAAACCCAGCUUUCCCGGACUCCAGUCAACUGUCAAAGGCCUUGCAUAAGGCUAAGGCUGCUGGCGUAACUGGCUUUCAGCACCAUCCGCUCGCAGAUUGGCAACGGCAAUGAAGCCGCGGCUAGGCACUCAAACGGCAUGCUUUCUGUUGCAUGUGGCCCUCCUCUUGCAUUCACAUCAAUUGCCCUUCCGGGCGCCAUAGGGUGUGCCAAUGCCCUUCCCCCGGAGCUUGACGCCCAGAACUCGUUCGAGUUUGGCGAGCACCUGCUGAUUGGGUUGGGCGUCACCCUUUUCCAAGGCUUGUAUUACCGACACAGGCUCAUUGACCUUCGUGGCCAGGUCCUUCUGUGUCAACUUCGGUUGCAUCUCGUUUCGGCGUUUGAUGAUGGCUAGGGAAACUUCCUUGCCGACCGUUUUGACAGGCACGAUAUCGUCGGAACGGUCGACUUUGGUCGCAUGUUGUCCCUCAACGUUUGAUUUCUGUGGUCAUGAGGUCAGAUGUGAACGAAAACAAGCCCCAUGGUGCGGAGAGGGCUGCCUUGAAAAUUGCUUACUGUGUUGGUGCCGCCAUACUUCUUCUCGGUCAAGACGAUGGCGCCGGAUCGUUGAGCUGCGUUGAGGGCAGUUCUCCCUUUGACAACUCGCUCGCGCUCAGCAGCGCCGCCACCGGCUCGAACUCUACUGCCAAUGCGGGUGACACUGUCCCAUUCGUUGUCGGCCAUGGUCACGGGUUUACAAGACGUACAAAGGUCUUAAGGGCUCUGCCGACGAUCGUGUGAUGGUGAUUGCAACGCAAGGCAAGGAGAUGUGGAGGUAUAGUAUCGUGAGGAAAUCGAAGUCGUUGCACUGAGUCGAGUUGUGGUGAGAUGAGGUGUGUUGAGGUGUGUUGAGAUGUGUUGAGUUGAAACGAGUUGAAUUGAGGCGAGUUGUGUGGCCAACAGCCUCAGGCCUGCAUCUAGAAGUUGCCAUUGCAGAGUGUCGCCGAGACCAGCCAUGAUUGAGUCAUCGCUUCUUCCUACUACAAUAAUAAUAAUGGGCCGACUGGGGACGGAAUUGGGUGCCGAUGAGGACCAUCAUACACCCUAAAUACUACCAAGUUUCCAAUAAUGUGUUCAUAGUGUUGCUUAUUAAGCACCGCUCCCAGACGGCCAAUGGCAAGAGCUAAUAGAAUUACCUAAUAGACCUACCCAGGUCGAUACUGCCAGUGUACUAUGUAGUAUCGUCAGGUGUAUGGUAGCACAAUUGCCCCUAGGACGCUUCAACUGUAUUCUUCGUCCUCCUCCCAGUGCUCAUCAUCAUCUCGCACUUAUUCGUGGAUGUUGGCCCAAUGGUGACUGAAAAACCCAAGCAUGCUGCAUCUAAUGUCAUGGAUUUGUUCCAUCAGGAGACCCAGAUGUUCAGAUGGAGUCACUUCUUCUUCAUCACUGUCGUCGAAGACAACACGAUCCAGGCAGUCAUCGCCUAAGCUCUGCGAGAAGGUCUCAGGAUCCGUGGUAUGUGUGUUGCCUUCAAGUUCGCUGCUCUCUGCAGUCUGAGGAUCCGUCACUUUUCGACCUCUUUCGGUACGGCAGAGCUCGACACACUCUUGCAGGUUUGAGUCCAGCUGAGUCAAGUAUGUUUCAAGCAAUCCGCCCAGUUGGCCGACCCGACACUCGCUCGGCAAGAGUUGUGAAUCCACGGAGCGAUCACCAACAGCGAAAAGCGGAACUCGAGUGGCGAACAUCUGGAAAUACUCAAACUCAUUCUGAAUUAUAAAAAGUGCCUCGGAAAAGAUGUCGCCGUCUUCGUUCUGGCCUGUUUCGAAGGUUUGCAGCGUCUCGCUGAAAGACGCAACCACACGUGCACCCAAGGUUGCAAAUUUUCCACUUUGUGAAGCUGCCAUUGUCAGUUGAGGGAAAUGUUGGUUAGCGAUUUGGCUCACUGAUCCUAUCCAAGUUAUGCUCUUUUCAUGUUAUAUAUAUAAGUGGUUCUUGCAGUGCUUUGCGUAUCCUUUGUCUCGGAUGUACUAGGCUCAGAGGGCAGUGAAUAGUGCUUUGUUUGCCAAAAGCGGUGACAGUCUUUGUGGUGUUAUUUCGAGCAAGACAAAGACCGAAACGAGCAAAGAGAUCAAAGAGUAUGUCAUGUGCCUGUCACACAUCACCAAGUAUGUCACUGGCGACUUUGAUGUGGAGCCCCAGUGUUUGCAGAGCGACCCGAAGGACUCCAUGAGUGUACAUGUCUAACCAUUGUCCAGCUGUUUUCUUGUUGGGCAAGUUGCAACAGAGACGACCGAGUUUUUAUGUCCUUUCAAGAGCACUCGCUGGUCCCCGGUCUCGCUGUCCCAGAUGCGGAUUGUUCUGUCCCGUGAUCCAGAUACGACCAAAUCGGUGGUUGCUAGUUCGGCGACAGAGAGGACAUAGUCCUUUGAGGUUAGGCAUUGUCAAGGUCUGAUAUUUGAUUUCUGCAGGGGCGACCUCGACGAUUUCCCAGCUCUUCACUGUGCAAUCCAGGCUGCCUGUAAAUACCUUCCUGCUAUUCGAUGAAAAUGCCACGCUGAUAACCGAGUCUUGAUGCUCGUCCUUUUCUAGUCUGCAAGGUUGCUGCCCGGCAUCACCAGGUUCGGUCAGAAAUAAAUGGUUGUCCAAUGUGCCCACCGCCAGCAGAAGAGCAUCAGGGGAAAAUGCCAACGCAGCGACACCAGCAUCAAAUUUCCACCAUUGUCGGUUUAGGUCUUCGAUGCUGUACAACUGCACUGUACCAUCGCCACACGCCAUCGCCACCUUCUUACCGUCGGGGGAAAAUGCGACGUGAUACGUACCGAUCCCGUCACCCUCCAUUAAAGCCGAAUUGAGUUUCCUUGUGUCGAAGUCCCACAGCAGGACCGAGCUGUCAUCUGCUGCGGUGGCGACCAUUCGAUUGUCUGGCGAAAAGCAGGCUGAGCGGACAUAAACGUCGGCAUCAGCUUGCACAUCGUGCCUCAGCUCAAUUACAUCCGAAAUGUCAUCGACCUCGAAGAUUUUAGCUCUCUGACGACAACCGAUGAUGAUAUACUUCCCAUUCUCUGAGAAAUUUACACAAGCCACCAUGGAAUCUUGGGAAAUGUCAUGCAGUAGAGUCAAAUUAAGAUCAUCAGCAUCGUGGAAAUCGGAACGGACGUCCCAUGGACGGGGCACGUCAGCUGGUUGUGGCUUUGAGGCAUGCGAAGCAGCAGAGAGAUGUUCUCCCAUCAAGCCCGACAUGCUAUAUUCCUCGGGCUGUGUUCGUGCACCCGCAGUCUGAAGAGUAUCAACGAUAUGGCUGUGACCAGCUUUUGCUGCUGUUUGAAGUGCUGUGCCACUGACGCGAUUUGUUAUCUCAAGGUCUGCUCCAGCGGCGAUAAGCAACUUGACAGCUUCUUCGUGUCCAUAUCGCGAAGCCAAGUGCAAGGGCGACUCUAGCCCGUUUGUGGCGUUUGGGUCCGCUCCUGCUUCCAGAAGCAGUUGCACACAUCUGCUAUUACCAGAAGUGACAGCGUCAUGAAGUGCAGUGCGUCCAUCGAUGGCCCUAGCAUUGACGUCUGCCCCAGCCUCCAAUAGCCUCGCUACCACUUUAUCGUGCCCGCAGUCCGCAGCACUGUGCAGCGGUCUAUGCUCCUCGUUCCCCACUGUAGGGAUCCCGGCAGUGAGCAGGAAGUUAACCAUUUCGAGAUGGCCGCUGGCUGAUGCCCUAUCCAAGGAGGCUUGUCCUGAAAGAUUAAGGUCGGCUCCAUUUUCAAUAAGUACCUUGGCUACAUCGACUUCGUUCUGGGCUGCUGCCGCCUCCAAUGCGAUAGGGAGUCCCUCGAUUUGGAAGUUUACGUCCGCGCCAUGCUCUAUGAGCGUGCGUGCCGCUUCAAGUUGUCCGCAUUCCGAUGCUACGCUGAGAGCGGUGCGUGCACCACAGCAAGCAUCAACAUCCGCACCAUGUUGUAGCAGUAAACUCACGACAUCCGAGUGGUUUUGAGACGCAGCUGCCAUCAAUGCAGUAUCGUCGUAAACGUCUCUUGGUGCUCUUACUGUUGCUCCAUGCUUUAGAAGAGUCUCCACGACGUCGAUAUCACCGGUUUUGGCAGCCUCGAUCAAAGCGUUAUCGAGCUUUGUUGAAUGAGAAUCUGUCUCUGUCGCCUGAUCUCGGAGGAUGUACUCGAUCCUUUCAACAUCACCCAUCCGUACAGCCUCUUCGAGAUUAUCCCACUCGUCGCCAAUGUCCACAGAAAGCUCAGAUUCAUCACCCCGUGAGUGCUGUACCGCGUCAACGGCGACAUCGGAGCCGACAUCAUCCUUUUCAUCGUCACCUGCUCCCCUGGGUAGAGAGAAGAGGGAAAGGCGCUCGAGGUGAAGCGCAAUAUGUGAGUGCAAGGAUCUUGCAUCGGCAGCCGAAAACAAACAAAUGGGACAUGGCCGAUCUGCACUGGCAGAGAAUGAUUCACAGGAGCGAAGAUAGGUCUGUGAGCUCAUUAGGUCGAUCUCAGCUGGGUGAAGCAUUUCCAUAUGCUCCCUAAAUGCCUUCAGUGUAGGGUACAGUUCGUCCGAGUGAGUGGGACAGCGCCACUGCUUUCUGUGAAAGGUAUUUUCAUGCUCGAUCCAGUCGCUGCGGGUGUCGUAUAGCUGGCCUGCGGACUUGCAAUCCGGAUAUGUGCAGAUAUAUGGACGUAGAUCAUGAAUCAGAUGUGCCCUGCAGAGUCACUCAGCAUGUUUCAGGUAAGGAUGGUCAAGGUUAUCAUACUUCCAUGCCUUCUCUGAAAGCAUCUGCCUGGGACAGAUGGUGAAGCAAUAGGGACAUUCGAAAAACUUUUCAGCUGGGGAUAUCUUUGGCGGUGGUGGAAAUUGAAUUCGCUCACGAUCGGGUGCCCAGCUCGAAGGAGCAUAUUCGGAUACAGAUGUCACCGACAUGGCGUCCAUGUUUUCUAUCACUGCCGGCUGGAGCCUGGUGGCCGUAGUCACUGUGGGAGGAGCCAGCAAGUCGGCGAGUUUCAAGGCCUGCCUUCCAACUGCAGGAGUCGCCCCUUGAUGCCCCGGAUUCAAAUUUGCAGGCUCUUCAUUUGCAGGAACAAGCGGAAAUGUUCGCUCAAGAGUGGCCUGGGUAUGUUUGACGAGGUUGCUUCGAUGAUGUUUCCAGUAUCCAAACUGUUGUCGCCGCUGAUUAUUGGCGCGUGCAAUGCGAUGUAUAAGAAAAGAUGUCAGAAUCCCUCCCGCCGAGCAUGUCGGCUCCUCCUCUUCCUGAUCUUCGCUUCCAGCAUAGGCGGCUUGCUCGGCUACAUGCUGCCUUGCCUCACACAGCGAGCAAUCUUCGUCUCGGUGCCACAGAUCAGCCUGGCUGUCUGUCGGCCAAAGAGCAGCAAGGUCGCCUGUGCGUGCUUCCUCGGGCGCUUUGGAUUGAAACCAGGCAAACAGCGAAAGGACAUAGUCAUGAUCAUAAUGGCCGAAAGCCUUGAUGAGAUCAACUCCAGAGUCGACGUCGAUCUGCUGAAACAGCUUUGCUUUGGAAGAGGCCAGUCUUGUUGCUGGGUUCCUGAUCCUUGUGGACAAUCGGAAUAGGCCGUCAAUAACUUCCCUGACACUAUCUAGGAGCAGCCGUAGGUGCUGUUGCGGUUGAAGAUCUUCUUCAUCGCUGCUGUCCUCAAGCACCGACUCGUCAAACUGGGCUUGCUGUGAAGGUGUAGAAGGCUGAGUAGAGAGCCGGAUCUUUCCAUCGUCCUGGUAUGUCUGUGAGCGCUUCAAUUGAAGUGUUUCCUGCAGAUACUGGUUCAAAUCGGCCAAAAACACUUCAAAUGUGUGUGCCAGGCGGUCCGCCUCGCGAAGCCGGUAGUCGAGGGAACCGUGCGCCGGAACCAGAAGCCCCAGGUCGACCGUCCAUAUGUGGAAUCGUUCAUAUUCAUAGAGAAACAGAGCAUGACUUUCAGAGUCCGUUUCGUCGAGUCGGACACUGCUUGAGCUCGGAUCUAGGACAGCAAGAACAUCGUGGAAAGAAAUCGAGACGCCUCUGCCUAGCGAUGCCAAUCUGGUGGAGUUGGGAGCGACCAUGCUUGAGUCCGAUGAGCCAUCGCUGUCCCAUCAUCAACAAUCUACUGUGUCAUCGUGUGCCCCGGCAAACAGUAAUGGCUAUCUCACCGAGUUGACCGACUGAGGGACCAUUUAUGCCAUGUCGCACGAGAACCUUGGGUCUUGAAUCUUCAAGCUGUCCAUGUCGCUAACUCAAGGUUGCGCGGGAGGCGCCAUCCGCGACAAGUGACACCCUGCACGGUGCCUUGUUUCGCCUUUCCCGUCUUGCUUUCUGACGCUCCGAGCCGCCUGUCCAUGAUUGACGAUCACCCUAGCUCCUCGCUUGGCUGAGCUGGCUUUCGAUUCGUGUUUUCUUCGUCGUGUUGGAGGAACUAUUGUGCUUAGGCGCGCCCAGAUCUGCCGCGGAAACAAAUGAGAGGCUGACAUGUGGCUACCCUUGUGUUCCGUCUGACGGGAGAACGUCAACUGGACUGAGAAAGAUGGCACCUUCUGAUCUCCCUGGUCUGCCUUGCUGGUUCAAAGAUCAAAAGCAACGAUUCAACUGGCCGGAGUCAACUCUGAUCGGGUCGGUCUAGCUGCGCAGCUAAGCGAAAUUCCCAAGCCAGGGCGCUUACCUGCAGGCGGCGGUGGGCCUCGCAAGGCCAUUGCAAGGCGACCCCUACUUCACCGGUCGACGCUUUGCAGUGGCCCCUGGGCGGUCGUUCCAGGUGGUGCGGGACCGAUCUUGCUUUCUGCGUGUGGUUUGCCUGAAACAUCGGGUGUGCUCUCGCUUCAACUGAAACACUGGCACUACUAUUGCGGCGCAGUCGCCACAGAUGGCCCCCAGUCUUUCCCUCGACCCUAACGACAUGUAGGGAGCUGAUUCUGAUGGUUCGUGCCGUAUCUGUUUUUCUAUUUCCUGCGGCCUCUUUGAUUAUCCCAAUACGUCUCUUAUUCGACGGCGAAGGAAGAAUCUACAAAGCCAGGGGUAGAACCAUAUCGGGCACAGACACCGAAAGCCUGGAGGCUAUACGCGGAGUCCUCAGUAUGCGCGUGGCCGUCCAUGCCUUUCCAGGGCUGGUUUGCUCAUAAUGUCUGGUGUCGAGGUUGUCGGCCUCAUUCUUGGAAUAAUACCGCUUGUUGUCGAUGGGUUGAGCUCAUACAAGGAGACUAUUAACGCUGUUGGAAGCGGUAUCCGCAAACGAAAGACCAUCGAGACGCUUUGUCGCACCUUGACUGAGCACCGCUUGGCGCUGAGACUAUUGCUCAAUUGCAUGCUUCAGAACAGUGGAUGCGAGAUUCCGUCUGAUGACGAUGACUCCGGGAUACAAACAAUGCUCGCCGAUUCUGAUACGAGACAAGCAAUGGAGGACUAUCUAGGAAGUCACUACGACGUCUUGGUAGGCGCUUUCGAACACUGCGAACAGAUCUUCCGGCAUCUGAUCACCAAAGUAGCCCGACUCGUCCCGUCGAUCAAGGAGUCUAGCGAGCUUUCUUCAAUCCUCGAAGCCAACAAACAGAGUGAAAAGGGGUGGUCGGAUUUGAAGGCUCGCAUUUCUCUGACUUUUAAGAUCAAGGAUUUCGACAAAGAUUGUGAAAAGCUUAGGAUUUCCAUUGAUACGCUGGACCGGCUCCAACGGCUCAUCUCUUCCAACCAUCAAAUGGCUGAGCAGAAGCCUUCGCGACGGGCCAAGAAGCUUGCAACAGCGCUGUGGAGGAUGCGGAACUACGCAGAAGAUCUCUACCUAGCUCUUUUCAAACGAUGGGGCGUUAACUGCCACCAGAGCCACGAGGUGAAGCUGCUGCUGGAGGACCGCAUUCAGGAGCUGGGAAAUCCACCAAACCGGAUACGUCAAAAACAGGAUCUACCAGUGCAAGCAUUCAGGCUGAUUUUUGCCACUGACAUAUGCGCACCGAACUGCCUCUGGCACGAAUCAAUGGUCUACAUUGUUGGCCGGGAUCAGCAAGAUUCAGGAUGUUGCAACUCUCCAAAUGCCGGAAGCCAAGGCGCGGCCGGCAGGAAACUUCGGGUCAAAAUCAACGUGCCGGAGAGCAAGCCACCCGUAGAGGUCGCAGAGGAGAUCAAGGACAUUUGUUCCGCAAUUGGAGCGGCACGUAACAACAACCGACACCUCACGUUUGCUCUGACGAAGGAUCGCCGGAUAGCAGGUAGCAAGACCGCUACCGGGCAGUUGAAGCCGUUGGCCUCCACAGCCAGAGAAACAGUCCCUCUCCAGGCGUUACUACAACCCGGCUCCACGGUCACGCGUGUGGGAGGAGGAGGAGGAGCACCAAGUGCCACUGCCGUUAGGAUGUCACCCAAGACAAAAAUGUAUCUGGCCUGGACCAUUACGUCAAAUUUCUUGCAACUGCUACAUACACCCUGGAGUUCCCCGAGAUUAUGUGCCGAGACCAUCAAGUUUCUCCAUAGUCCCCAAGACGGCGCUGACCUGGACCGAGCUUUCAUGUCCAUGUCGUUCGGCCCAUGCCCACAAGGUGCAGGUGCAACAAGCCAGGGCAGUGUUGCCUCCCCGGACUUGCCCCUGCGCGAGGCCCUGGUUGAAUUGGGCAUCCUGCUCCUCGAGAUAUGGCAUGAAACCACCCUGGACAAAGCGUAUCCCCCGGAUGCCGCGACCAAACGGAGCUUUUUGGAGCGACGCGGGUGUGCAUUUGCAUGGUUGGAGGAGGACAGGGACGUGCCGGUAGAGAAAUACUAUCAAGCCGUCUUCCACUGCAUUUCCGGUUCGGUCAUGAAUGUCGUCUCGGGUGUUCCCACCUGGGACGAUAUGAGGUUUUGGGAGUCGAUGUGCGAGUCUGUCAUUGUGCCACUGCAUAGUUUUUCUAAGAGCUGGAAACCAAGUCAAUGACUUGGGCAUUUUCUUGAUAUGUAUCAGAACUGUUCCUGGAUUGUUGUCUCCACAUAUCGAGCUUAAACUCAAAAGACGGUGAGUUGCGGUGUUAUGUAGUACAGCAUAAGGUGCUACGUCCCUGGGGACGUCCAGUGAUGACAACACUGGACCAGAACUUGAACAUGCCUUCCUACCUUACUUUUGGUACCUACUACUAGUAUACUGUACAUGUACAUCAGUAGAUAUGUAGGUAUGUAAGGUACAGUGCCACAGGAUUGCGCAGACAUUCGGACACUACUCCUACCAGUAGUAGCAACAAAAAGC